AUGCCGGCGAAACUUGGAAGCAGUUGGGAAGAGUGGGUGCGGCGACAAGAGCUGGUCCUAACAUGUGCGCUUCCUUCCGGGCAUUCCGACGUACCGUUGGUGGUCCCCCGGCAAGAUGCAAAGGCCUUGCUCAUCACUGAUAGUUCCGGCCAGAUAUUGAGCUAUUGUGAAGAUGAGUUCCUCAAGGAUAGCAGGGUUCAGAUUCUUUGGCUACAAAUUUCACUUGGAUCUGACGAUGAAGCGGGACGCACGAUUUACCUUUACACGGCGAGCAAGCUCGCCAGCGUGUCAACAACCCCGGACAGUCCACACAGAAGGCAUCUGGAAAGUGCGGCGGCAGUGCCCUGCAGAUGCCCA